AUGAAAGAAAAAAACUUGAUUUUUAGGAAUUACAAACCUAGAAGCAAAUGUUUUACAGUUUUUGAGGAGCCGUCAACCAAGUUUCAGAAGGUGAUGUCAAAGAUUCAGGAGGAGAAGAUUGAUUGUGAGUUGAAUGACAUGAUUCCAUUGGAAAGAGAUUACAAUUUCGAUAUUAAACGGGAUUUUGAGUAUAUCACGAGGGAACUAGAACUAAAAAACGAAGAGGCUAUCUUAAAAUUAGCAAAUAGAAAGUAA